CCUCACGUGAGACAUUCACAAGAAACACAAUGGCCGACACUGCCAAGCCUUCUGUGCUCGUUCUGGGCGGAACCGGAUUCAUCGGACGCAACUUUGUCCACCACCUGGUGGUCAAUGACCUCGCCUCGUACAUCCGCGUGGCGGACAAGGUCCUCCCGCAGACUGCGUACAUGGACGAGGCCCACGCUGCCUCCUUUGCCUCUCCCAUUGUCGAGUUCCGCCAGGCCAACCUCACCAACGACGCUUCGAUCGAGAAGGCGUUCACGGAUGGUGUGGAGACGCCGUUCCGGUUUGUCAUCAACCUUGCUGGCGAGACCAAGUACUCGCAGCCGGAGACGGUGUACGCUGAGAAGAUUGCCCAGCUGACGACCAAGGUGGCGACGGCUGCGGCCAAGCACGGCGUCGAGCGGUUCGUGGAGGUCUCGACGGCUCAGGUGUACGACGGCAACAAGAAGACCAAGUCUGAGGACGAGAAGCUCAAGCCGUGGACCAACAUUGCCACGCACAAGGUGCAGGCCGAGGAGGCGCUCGCCGGCAUCGACGGGCUCAACUACGUUGUGGUCCGGCCGGCGAUUGUGUACGGCCCCGGCGACGUGGCCGGCAUUGCGCCGCGGAUCAUCUGCGGAGCGGUGUACAAGCAGCUCGGCGAGAAGAUGGAGUUCCUGUGGACCAAGGAUCUGGCGAUCAACACGGUGCAUGUCGACGACGUUGUCCGCGCGCUCUGGCACCUCACCUCGCACGGCGAGUCCGGCGAGGUCUUCAACCUCGCCGACAAGGGGAACACCAACCAGGGCAAGGUCAACGAGAUUCUCGAGGCCAUCUUUGGCAUCGACACCAAGUUUGCCGGCAAGAUCAAGAGUAAUCUUGCUCGCGUCAACCUCUCGGGUGUCACCGAGACUGUCAACGAGAAGCACCUCAAGCCGUGGUCUGACCUCUGCAAGGCCGCCGGCAUUGAGAACACUCCGCUCACGCCGUACCUCGACCAGGAGCUGCUGUACAACAACCACCUCUGCAUUGACGGCUCCAAGAUCGAGGGCACCGGCUUCACCUACGAGGUCCCCGAGAUCAACGAGGAGCUUGUCCGCGCCCAGAUCGCCUACCACGUCUCGCAGGGCAUUUUCCCCGAGUCGUCGCUCCAGUAGACCCCCUCUCCCCUUUGCUCCGUCAAACGCUGUUCCUGUCUACCUA